AUGGCCUCCCACCGCAUCGGCGCCCGCGUCGCGGGCCUCUCGCCAGCGCAGCUGUGCGCCAUCAUCGAGGCGCAGGCGGGCGCGAGCGCCGCCGCGCUGCGCGUGGCGGAGGAGCACGCACGGCUCGUGGAGCAGCCCGAGUGGGUCCUCUCCGAGGUCCUCCUCUCGCCGGACCUCGCCCCGCACAUCCUCGCCCAGCUGCCGGCCAAGGAGCACGCCGCCAAGGGGACGAGGGCGGAGGAGGAGAAGGCGAGGCGGCGCGCAAAGGCGGCGGAGGCAACUGCAGCCAAGAAGGAGGCCAAGAUGAAGAACAAUAAGGCCAAGAAGGCGCCAUCUGCUUUCGCGCUCGAGGAGGAGCGGAGGGCGAAGGCUGCGGCAGAGGUUCGCGCACAGGAGGAGAGGGCGGCGCAGCUGGCUGCUGAGCAGGAGGCGGCGAGGCGGGCGGAGCGCGAGGCAGCAGAGCGAGCGGGUGCGGCAGAGCGGGCGGCGUUGCGCGAGGAUGCGGAGCUGGCAGAGGCGCUGCGCCGGUCAGAGGUGGAUGCGGAGGAGGCGCUGGCGCGUCGGGUGUCGCGGUGCGAGGAGGCGGUGAGCAGCGAGUCGACCGGCGGCGGCGGGGACUUGCCGCGGCGUGUCGAGCGGCUGGAGGCGAGCCUCGGCACGGCGACCGAGGGCAGCCUCGAGGAGCGGGUCGGCGCGAUCGAGCGCUUGAUCGGGCCAGAGGCGGGAGAGGCGGCGGAGCAGCAUCUGCCAGUCACCGAGCCGCUUGCUGCCGUCUCACUAGCCGACGCCGGCCUCGACACGGGGCGGCCGGCUGCCCCCGAGUCCACGAUGGGGGGAGAGACCACGUGCAUCGUGUGUUUCGCGAGAGUCAAGUCGCAUGCUGCGGUUCCGUGCGGGCACCUGUGUGCUUGCGGGCCAUGCUCUGAGCUGAUGCGAGAGUGCCCGUAUUGCCGCGAGCCAGUGAUGAUGUGGAUGGUUCCGCGUCCGGUCUAG